GGGGCCCGGAGGAAAACAGCGGAGGAUUCAAACUGAACAUGGCUGCGGGGAAAGAUGUCGAUGAAAACACUCAAAAUAGAAGAGGUACAGUGUGUAGUAUGGUGAUCAAUCGUGAGGAAUCCCCGGGGGGCUCUCGUGCCGGCCGACCACCAGUCAUCUUCAAUCCAGACUUUUUUGUGGAGAAACUCCGCCAUGAGUGCCCGGACGUUUUCCUGGAGCUGGUGCUUAGUAACAUUACUCGCCUGAUUGAUCUUCCUGGGACAGAGUUUUCCCAGCUCCUCGGUGAGGAGGGCCCUAAGACCCCGACAGGUGGAAAUGGAGGCUUCUUUCGUUCUUUCAACUUCCUCAAACGCAAAGAUAAAGACGUUGUGUUUGGAACCCCACUGACAGAAAGCUGCAUCGCCCAGAUCUACCAGCUCAUUGAGUACCUCAGCAAAAAUCUGCAUGUGGAGGGUCUGUUCCGAGUGCCGGGGAACAGUGUUCGGCAGCAGGCCCUGAAGGAGCUCCUGAACAGCGGAGGUGAUGUCGACCUGGAGUCUGGAGACUUUCACCCCAAUGACGUGGCCACGCUGCUCAAGACUUUCCUGGGAGAGCUGCCCGAGCCCUUGCUCACACACAGACACUUCCACGCACACCUAAAGAUAGCUGAUAUGACUCUGUUUGACGAUCAAGGCAACAAGACUGCGAUACCCAACAAAGAGCGUCAAAUCGAGGCGCUGCAGCUCCUCUUCCUGCUGCUACCGCAGGCUAACCGCUCACUGCUCAAACUGCUGCUGGACCUGCUCUACCACACUGCCAAGCAGCAGGACAAGAACAAGAUGUCCGCCUUCAACCUGGCCCUCAUGUUUGCCCCGCAUGUCCUGUGGCCCAGACAUAUGACAGCUGGUGACCUAAAGGACAACCUGAAGAAACUCAACAACAGCAUGGCAUUCCUCAUCAAACACUCACAGAAACUCUUCAGGGCUCCAGUCUACCUGCGGGAAUACGCCCGCGUGCACUUUACUGGGACCAAGGUUCUUCAGACCAAGGACGAUCUGGAGCUGCUGGCGGCGAGCAGCUCUCCUGCUCAGCGGACUGUGUUGCCCCUAAAGAGGACGGCCGUUCUGGGCCCCGGCUCUCAGGAGCAGUGCCAGUCACCAGCUCAACAGUACACAGAAGAGGCCCUGAAGGAGCUCUUCAGACACGUCCACCACAACAUGCCAGACUCCGCCAAGAAGAAGAAACUCGUCCGACAGUUGGUCAAACAGACGACCUCAGGUACGCCUACCAACGAGCACCGCCAGGGCCCCCCAGCUCCCAGCAAGAAACACCCCCGUUCACGGUCCUUUGGCGGCCUCAUCAAGCGCAAAGCUCGUGGGGAGCAGCUGACAGCGGAGCGCCGGGUCAGACACAUCUCCCCUGACGCUGUGACCGGAGCCAGAAGAAAACCUGGAAAAGAGAACGUCAUCCUUCAAGGGGUGAACAGCCCAUUAACUGGUCCUGUGAUGGGGAAGGCCGGGCUGGUAGUCAAAAAUCCAGACUUCACUUUUACUGACGGCAAAGCUCUGAGGAUUUCCAAGGACUCUCCCUCUGUGUCCAGGAUGUGUUUCUCUCCUGCUCAGGAGAUCUCAGUGUAAAACCCGACACGUCAGACUGGAUUUGGGCAGUAUUAAUAUUAUUAAUCCUCAUGUUUAUCAUUGUGUUUUCAUUGUAGUGAGUCUGUUAUAACUGUGACUAAUGUAAAGCAGCUUUAGCUUCAGCCAGAGGAGCCAAACCAAAAUCAGGAACUCUCUGUCCUCGCUGAGUUUUUACAAACUGAUGCCAACAGUUGAAUAAAAUCCUCCAUUGCAGCUUUUAUGUUAGAUGACUUAACAUGAGCACGAAUAAUAUAAAGGAAAUCAGACUUAUUUCCAAUGGGUAUACGUUAUCUAAAGUUUCCAAAAUCCCAGUGAUGUUUUUACUAUGUGCAACUUGGUUUGUUAGUGAUUCUGAUCUGAUUGAUUGAAGCAAAAAUCAACAACAUUAAAUCAAAGGGUCCACAGGCUUUUACUUCUCUAAGAAUAUGGUGAUGUUUGUAAAGUUAUUUUAUUUUAAUUCUAGACCACACAGUGACUCCACUGUGUUUGUGUGCAGUCACUGCAGUUGUUAAGGUACUUUGGGAGUCAGUCCGAGGGAUUUAUAGGCAAAUGACACAUUAUAUUUAUUCAUUUUUGAUUGUUUUAUUUUGGAAAUCAGAUGUGAUGAGAGUGGAUGUAGAGCUGAGCGAUAUGACCAAUUAUGAGAAUCACAGUAUUAUGGAUUUUGACAAGUGAAAAAUUAACAUAUUUACAAUCACACGUUCGCAUUAUAUGAUCUGCUACAAGCACAUGUUGUAAAGCAACUCACACAAGCAUUAAUACUCAUGGUGUGGCGUGGCGCUCUGUUGUUGGGGACGAUCGCUCAGCUCUGCCUGACUUUGCUUUGGUUUGGCUUCACCGGCUCAGAGCUGCGUGUGUUCAGUUAUCACUUGAACCUUAUUUUAUUGGCUACUGUAUCAGAGUCUUUGACCACUAGCUAUCUGAGCUUACAGUCUGCUGUAGUGUGUAGAAUAUGUUUACAUGUUGUACCGUGAGUGUGUGUGUGUGUGUGUGUGUGUGUUUAAAGUUUUUAGAGUUUGUUCUCAUUGGGAACUGUGAUGUGGGAUAAAUUCUAACUCAUUUGGGUGAAAACUUCUUGGUGUUUUGCUGCUGAUCCAGAAUCAGUGAGCAAAUGACUCAUCCUGAUGUGAAAUACAGGAUUUAAUUAAUGAUCAUUUUUACUGCUCUCUUUAUGAAACCAGUGACUGUUUGUGAAUCUAUGGAAUAUGAAAUGUGACAUUACCAUUUUUUUUUUUUUUUUUUACUUCAGCUGGUGAUGGAGGUUUCAUUCGUCUUAAACAAAAGUGGCUGAGAGAUUUGUUAUGUUGGUGGUUUCAAUGAAAGUUUAAAGGGUGUUUUUGUAAGUAUUUACUCUGAUGGAAAUGAGCAGUAAUCUGUUACAGAGAGGUCCUCUCUUCUUAACGUGUGUGUGUGUGUGUGUGUGUGUGUGUGUGUGUGUGUGUGUGUGUGUGUGUGUGUGUGUGUGUGUGUGUGUGUGUGUGUGUGUGUGUGUGUGUGUGUGUGUGUGUGUGUGUGUGUGUGUGUGUGUGCGCGUGUAUCUAAGGGCAAAUGUGUUAAGAAGAGGCCAUGCUCUUGUUGAGGCAUGAGUCAGUAAAAUAGCACAGGAGACGGUUUUGAACACAUCAUAUACUAACAGCCUGUUACAGCUAUUAAUGUUGGAUUUUAGCGUCUGUCAUCCCGAACUAUGUAAACAACAGUGACAGGAUUUUAUUUCGGAUUAUGUGUGAUUAAGGGGGCAUUAAGUAAUUAAAGUAGUAAAUUAAACCUCAGAGAGACUGUGCUGAAUAUAAACAUGUUUCUCCACAAAAUAAGCUUCUUCAGUGCAUCUCUGAAAUCUGUUGCUUAAUUAAAUACAGUAAACAUCUACAAAACUGUGAUUCAAAUACAUGAACACCUCACAAAGAAUAAGUAAACCAAUGCAGUUUCCUAUAAUUCACACAGGUGCAUUGUGGGGUUUUUUUUUGCAUUGCAGAAAGUAGAAAUGUUACUUAAUGCCCCUUUUUAAAUGUUUUGUACUGUGUCAUUUUGUGCUGUUCUCAGCUCAUGGCUUGACUUAACUGAUGUCUGCUCAGUUUGUUGCGUACCGAGUACAGAUGCACCGCUACCGGUUUCACGUUCCGCAGGGAGGUCAAAGGUCAGCCGCUGGGCCGGUGCCUUGCUCAGUGACACCUCGGCAACAUCGCGCUGAACCCAAACCAGCUCUGUGUUUCCUGGUGUUUAUAGAAUCUGAAAAUGAUGAUAGAGGAAUCUCACAGGUUUUUGCUCUUAUUGCUAAUAAGCAACAUGUGGCUUAUGCUCAUUGAUUUAUUAUUAGUUUUAUUAGUAAAUUUUUUUGAUUUUUUUUCCUGAUGUUAUCGGUGCAUCCUGUUUUGAAGGUGUUGUGGAUGUUGUAAUGAUGGGUUUGUUGAAAGUGAUGAAGGUGUUUGAACGUGACUGUCGGGUGCAGGUGGAAACAAAGAAGAGCUUUUUGUUUUAUAAAGUGUUUUGUUUUGACUGAAUUCAUCUCAGCGGAGAAGCAGCCUUUCGUCUCCUCAUCCUCUUCAGUUCUCUGCAGAUUCAUAAACCAGUUUUAAAGCAGAGCUAAAUUGGAUUUUCUUGUAUUUAUUUGUUCGUUACAAAAAUGUUUUUUUACGUCGGUGGAAUUUAGCAACAAAACAAGCAAAAUUUAAGGAAUUUUUUUUCUUUUUUAAUCUUUUUUUUUUUACUUCUGUUGCUCAAAUGAGAGCAGUUACUGAAUGAUGUGAAAUAUUGUUUUAUAUUGGAAACACAAAACGCCCCUGAGAGCCUUGUAAUUUUAAGUCUGUCAGUGUUUUUUACACGUCUGUUUUUUCUUUUUUCUCCCUUUACAUAAAUGUGAAACCUGUCGUUUCUCUGCGUCUGCGAUGAGUUCGUCUCUUCACUGAGUCUCACCUCUUCUCUGUCGAUGUGGGUCAACGAGACCAGGAGGAACGUCAGUUUUACUCACCGUUAAAACUUCUGUCUUCUGCACAGUUCCUCCAGUGUUGUGCUGAACUCGUCGGUGGCUGUUGCGCCGUGUGGUUUAAACUGUGGUUCCCUGUUUGUUUUCUGUAUUUUAGUGUAAAAUAACUCAACCCUGUACAUUGAACUCCUUGGCGAAUGGUCCGCUUCGGAUUAAAACCUUUUUUAUGUUUCCUACAGACUGCCUGUUGUUAUAUUUGAUUUAACGUCUCGGCUGUUUC